AUGACACGGGCUGACGAACCACACAAAUCAUUCAUAUCUGAACUCAAGGCCCUUUGGUCUCCAAAAAGCUCAGAUUAUCUAGACCCUCCCAGAACACUUACAGCAAUCAACCCAAAUGCGCGCAUUGAAAAGGGCCUACCCAUGGAAAACAUCGAAUGGGAAAUGCUACGCUACAAUGUGCAUAACCCGUACGGGAAGGAAGAUAUUUACCACAAUGACGCUUGUCUUUGCAAAUGGGAGCUUACGCCCGAUCAGAUUGUUGGUCAUUGGGACUGGGCGACUCUUGUCGAGAAUUCUCAUUGGUAUGAGGCCGAGAUAUUGCCUGCUUUUGAAGACCACAAUAAUUUUCUCUUGGACCGAAGUCAGAGGCGAACGACUUCGGGCGUGUCGAAUCUAGGUCAUGUUUUGCCCAAGUCUUUGCCCAAGGCUUUGCCGAAAGCUUUGUCUAAAGCUUUCAUGGCUUCGAGUCUUCAUAAAGUGGAGAAUACUACUAGUACGUCCUACAUCGUGGGAGACGGUAGUAGCCCGAACACAUCGUCUACUGGUAGCGAUGAUGGCAGAGUCGCCGGUGACAUGAAUGCUGGAUAUUUCAAAGGUCAUGACAGGCAAGCUUCGAAUUAUUACGAUACUGACCUCAUUCUCAACAAAUAUGGGGCCUUUCCUCAGGACGACUCGGAGUCUACUGGUUACGUCGAGGAGGAAAAUGCGGACUUUUCAGAUCGGGGUGAUGCUCGCUACAUUGAGGAUGGAGACAGGUGCUUUCGUGGAGAAGAACCCACUUCUUACCUAGGAUUUGAACUAUAUGAAGGAUUCUCAGGUGAAACUGAUGAUGGAUAUAUUGAUGAUGAAGAUUGUGGCUUCUCGGGUCAGGGGGAUGAUGGAUACGAUGACGAUGAUUGA